AGUGGCGGCAACGGUCGCCGCGAGAAUACGUUGGACGCCGCCGAACCGAGCACUCGUACCGUACACACGCGCGCGCAUCGCGGCAGUAUCAAUGUCGUAGCGGUCGGUUGGUGUCUAAUCUCAAAUCCGUGAGCUCCCGUCUCCCUAUCGCUCCGCCGCCGCUGGUGUUGUCACCAAUCAAUUCCGUCUGUUAUCAGCGCGUGUCGAGCCAGCGGAUUUUUCCUUCCUUCCUUCCUUCCGACCGAGCGCAACGGUGAUAUCGUGUUAUUCCGCAGUGACAGACCCUACCGGAAGCUUACCCCGACCCGUCUGCCAUGAUGGGUGAGCGCCACCAAACCCGUGACGUUCGCCGCUGAGUCCGCCCUCGUCCGGCUCCGGAAUUGCCUCCGACGCAGUCGCCACCGGUUCAAAUUAAAAAAAAAGAUAACUAAUGCGUCAGUAAAUAUGGCUUCAGUGUGGAAACGGCUUCAAAGAGUAAAUAAAAGAGCCACAAAAUUUCAAUUUACCAUAUCAUAUCAUCAAAUUAUUUGUGAAACUACAUCUAAAUGGACUCCAAACAAAUUGGUUGUAGUGUUGAGUCGUAGAAGCCGCCGUUUUGUUAGUGAAGCAUUACCGUGGGAACCUACAAUGAGAGAUCCACUAAGAGGAAUAGUAAUUUGGCCUGUACCAGAAAAUAAACAACUUUCUAUAACAUUGUUUAAAGACCCUCGAAGUAAUGAGCAUGAAGAUAAAGAAUGGACUUUUGCCAUCGAAGAUGUAAGUAAUUUGGGAAAACAUCGGCAAAUAGCAGUUGCAAUGUUAAAUAUGAAAAAAUAUGCUAGUGUAGAUUCUACUCAAAGUCAAAUAACAUUGGUGUUUAAACCUACUUCAAAAAAGAUAACCUCUGCAACACUUGAAAUGACUUUAACUAGUGUAUUUUUGAGGGAAGGAAAAGCUACAGAUGAAGAUAUGAUGAGUAUGGCUAGUCUCCUUAGUACAAAUAAUAGUGAUAUUGCUCCACUUGAUGAUUUUGAUGAAGAAGAAGUUGAAGAUUCUCUGUUGAAACAAGACUUGACCAAUGUAUCUUUUAUGACCAACAAAAUUGAACUUUUAACAAAUAGUUUAAGUGAUCCCGAUUUUAUCGGUACAUCUAUUAAUGAAACUGAUUCUUCUCAACAAGAAAACUUAUUAGAGGAUGAUGAAAAUUUGAAUUUAUCAAUCAAUGCUAAUUCUAGCAUUGAAAAUGGUUCAACAAAUAAUAAUCAUUGUAAUAUAAAUAAAAAUGGUUCUGGAGAAAGCCUAAAAAACACUCGAGCAUUAUUAAAACCAUUAAAUUUGAAAGAUAUUAGUUCUGAAAGUUCUUCUAAAGGUACUGAAACUACUACCCCUGGUCAAGACUUGCUUGAAUGGUGUAAAGAUAUAACUAAAGGAUAUCCUGGUGUUAAAGUUACCAACCUCACAACUUCUUGGAGAAAUGGCCUUGCUUUCUGUGCUAUAAUUCAUUAUUUCCGUCCUGACCUUCUCGAAUUUGAUUCACUGAAGUCCCAUGAUAUUCGAGGAAAUUGUAAAACUGCAUUUGAUGCAGGAGAAGUUUUGGGCAUAUCCCGUGUUAUCGAACCUUCUGAUAUGGGUGUUCUUACAGUUCCUGAUAAAUUAGCUGUUAUGACAUACUUAUAUCAAUUAAGAGCUCAUUUUACUGGACAUGAGUUGGAAGUACAACAAAUUGGUAAGACAGCAGAUGAAUCAUCAUAUAUGAUUGGUCGUUUUAAUAAUCCUGAUAGAGAUAUAUCAUUUCAAUUAUUUGAAAAAGAAAUUUUUAGAAAUAGUGAACCAAAUGAUACAUCUCAAAAACCAUUUGGCACCAUUAUAAAUGAGAAUGAUAACAAUAUUGAUGAUCAGAAUAAUAAAUAUCCUUCAAUACCAUCUGUAAAAGACGGAAUUACUGAUAAAAUUUUAAAUGGUUCAAAAAGUAUUUUUGACAAAGUAUUAUCUCCAUCCAAGGAAAAGUUAUCUUUUCCAAAGAUUAAAUCGUCAAAAUCAUCACUGAUAACAAAGAGGCAGCUAACCGAUCCUUUAGUUUCUGAUGAUGAAAAUUCCUCUUAUGUCUCUAGCGAAAGAAGUAAAAGGUUAACAAGAUCUCUAUCAACUAGUGAGAGCCUUAAAAGUACAAGUUCUGGAGAUAAAAAUAGUGAACCAAAAUCAUUACAAGAAACCAAUAAAAAUCAUGUUUCUUCUAAACAGAAAAUAACAACUAAUCGUCACAUUGAGCUCAGAGAAAGAGCUCGUCAACUAGUAGAACAAGCUCGCCGAGAAGCAGCUAGGCGUUCUUUACCUCAAACACCUAGUCAGGUUAGUAAUGAAGAAGAAAGACAACAGCAGUUGAGAGAGAGAGCUAAAAAAUUAAUAGCAGAAGCACGUAAAAAUAUUAAUGUUUCUACUUCGUCUUCUACAGUUACAAGCUACAACAAUGGGAGUGCUAGGAGUUCGGUAUCUCCAGUUUCUGAUAGAUCUCAAACCAGUUUAUUUCAUCAUGACAAGUCAUAUGAGUCUAGUAAAAACAGUAGCGUUAUAGCUUUAGAUUCAAGUAGUCCUCAAAAGUUACAAUCUUUCACUUCAAUACUGGAUGCAAGUUCUGUGACUAAAGAUAAUUUUAAGAAUGAAAUCAAUUACAUUCAAAAUGAAAUGGAGUCUUUAGAACGUGAACAGAAGCAAAUUGACUGCCAAGCAGAUGAACUGGAAGUAGAACUUAGAAAAGUUAUGAACACAGGAAAUGAUCGUGAACGGGAAGAAUUUCUCAUGACUGAAUGGUUUACGUUGGUUAAUAAAAAAAAUGCUUUAUUACGUCGCCAAAUGCAGUUGAAUAUUUUGGAAAAGGAAGAUGAUUUAGAGAGAAGGUAUCAAUUGCUUAUAAGAGAACUUAGAAGUAUAAUUGCUAUUGAAGAUUGGCAAAAAACAGAAGAACAAAAACGUCGUGAAAACUUAUUGUUGUCAGAAUUAGUAAACAUUGUUAAUAAGCGAGAUGAAUUAGUUCAUCAUUUAGAUUCUCAAGAAAGAGCAAUUGAAGAGGAUGAUAAAAUUGCAAGAGACCUCAAUCGAUCUGGUCUAAUUCAUCAAAAUAAAAAUUGCAUUAUUCAGUGAUGUACAUACGAGUAAUUAUUGUCUACAUUUAACCAAUGCCAUCUUGUGAUCUUUAUACAUAUAGCUAUAUAUACUUGUAUUUAUUUUUUUUUAAU